UAAAAGAUGAAGCAGAGAUUGACAGCCAUUGAUAUAAGAGCACUUGUAAUCACCCUGAAAAGGAAACUGAAGAGCUUAAGAGUAGCAAAUGUGUAUGACAUUUCCAAUAAGCUUUACCUCUUCAAGCUGGCAGCAAAGGGAGUUAAAGAAUUCUUACUGAUAGAAGCAGGAAUCCGGAUGCAUACCACUGACUUUGUUAGAAACAAGAACACAAUUCCCUCUGGGUUCACAAUGAAGCUGAGAAAACAUAUUAGGACCAGAAGAGUAGAAGAUAUCCGCCAAGUUGGAAUAGAUAGAGUUGUAGAUAUCACCCUGGGGCAAGAUGAUAAAGCAUUCCAUAUUCUUAUCGAGUUCUACGCGUCAGGAAAUUUGAUUCUUACAGAUCAUCAAUACAAUAUUAUUAGUCUUCUAAGGACACAUAGGUAUGAUGAGGAUACCCGUUGAGCAGUUGGAGAACCAUAUCCUUUCACUCAUGCAGCAAAUCUUAAUUUAGAUUCAAUUGUCAGCGAUAAAUCAGGAAUUGAACAGAUGCUUGCUGAAAUUGAAAGCAAGAAGAAGGAACAAGCUGAACAAAGCACAAAAUAAAUCUAAAAAGAAGCAGAAGGGAGAAGGUACUGUUAAAGAUAUUGCUAUUAAGAUGGUUCCCUAUAUGACUCCCAUGAUGGCUGAACACUGAUUAAGCCAAGUCGGAGUCAACCCUAGCGAUCACUUUAAUAUUGAUGAUGAUCAGAUGGCUGAUAAGGUUGUCCAAGCAGCUCUGCUGUGUAAGGACAUGGUGUCUGGACUUGAAAAUAUUGACACUAUUCCUGGCUACAUCAUCUAUGAAGAAUUAAAGCAAGAACCCAAGGAAGAUCUGCUCCAGACUAAUCACAAAGCAACAAAUAAGAAUGUCCAAAUUGAUGAAAAGAAAUCAGAGCAACAAGACACUGCCAAAGUUGGUGAUGAUAGCAAGCAACUAAGCCAACCUCCAGUAAAUGAAGAGACCAAAGAAACACCCACACAGCAAGAUGAACAAACGGUUGACAACGCAGGCAAUUCAGUCGAUGAGGAAUCUGACCGAGACACCGAACUCAAUCCAGACAAAAUAUUCGAAGGCAAAUAAGGUCAAAGAGUUCGUCUGCUUCGAACUGCUCCAGAUGAAAUCAGAACUCUCGCUCGAAUUCGACUGGUUCGAUGAGUGUGUCGACCUCUACUUCACCCAGAUUGAUAAGCAGAAAGAAGAAAGCAAGCUCCAGCAGAAAGAGUCUGAAAUUUACAAAAAGAUGAACAGAAUCAAGAAUGACCAGCUCAAGAGAAUUGAGGGACUCCAGAAAGAACAGGAUAACUCCCUGACCAAAGCCAAGCUGCUCCAGUCCAACAUCGGUGAGGUCCAGGCCAUCAUUGAAAUACUGAACGCUCUGCUGCAAAGUGGACUGCAGUGGAAAGAAAUCUGGAGAAUGAUCAAGGAAGAAAAGAGAGCCGGAAACCCUCUGGCCAACCUCAUAUUUGGACUUGAUCUUGAACACGAGAAAGCCAUGCUUGUGUUCAACACUGCUGAGAUCGAAGAUGCAACCGAGUUCUUUGCUGAAGGUCAAGACAGCAUCAUCGUCAAAAUGGACUUGGACCUGACUCUGUCAGCUCAGGCCAACAUCCAGAAGUACUUCGAGAUCAAGAAGAAGACUCAAGACAAAGAAGAGCGAACCAAAGACAAAGCCAAUGAAGCCAUCAAGCAAGCUGAAGAUCAAGCCAGAAGAGCCUUGCUUAAAACCAGAAACGAGCAGAAGCUUAAGAACCACCAGAGGAAACCAUACUGGUUCGAGAAGUUCGACUGGUUCAUUUCGAGCGAAAACUACUUGGUCAUAUCUGGUAGAGACUCGCAGCAAAAUGAAGAAGUCGUCAAGACCUACCUCGGUAAACGAGAUGUGUACUUCCACUCUGAAAUUGCAGGCUCAGCAUCUUGUGUGAUCAAGAAUCCAACCAUGGAAGAAGUCAGUCCUCUGACUCUCGGUGAAGCAGCAACUUGGGCGAUUUGCCACAGCAAAGCUUGGGACUUGAAAGUGGUCACUUCGGCAUUCUGGGUGUAUGGAGACCAAGUUAGCAAGACCCCACAGAGCGGUGAGUACUUGCCUCAGGGAUCCUUCAUGAUCAGAGGCAAGAAGAACUUCAUCAACCCUCAAAGGCUUGAGCUUGGUUGCACCAUACUGUUCAAGCUUGCUGAUGACUCUGUAGCGAACCAUAUCAACGAAAGAAGGAACAGGACCAAAGACCCUGUUGAUGGCGCCGUGUCAGAGGAUCGCAACAAGACUAAACACAAAGGGACAGAACAAACACAACAAGAACAAGAACAAGACUCUAAAGCAAAGGAUGACAAUUCUGAAGCUGUGCGACAAGACCCCAAUGAGCAAGAGGAUUCUGAGCACGAUGAAGACUGAGGCCAGCAAACCGAAGACCAACAAGUGCUUUCACAGACUGAUGCUACAGCAGAUAUUACAAAAUAAUGAGACAGCUCAAGAAGACUCCAAGCAUGACAGUGAUCAUGAGGAUUCAGACAAACAAGAACAACAAGAUUACGAUGAAGAUCAGCAACAAGAUCCUGAUGAGCAAUCUGCAGAUGAUGCCGACCCUGAUGAGUCUGAAGAGCUUCCAGAGCAAGAACCUGAAACGCAGACUGAAGAGUCAAAAGACCAAACACAAGAAGUUGAAGACCCCAUUCAGAUAACAGAAGAACCCCAAAAUACAAGUGAAGAGCCAGAUCAACUUACUGAAGAAACAAAGGAACCAGUCGAAGAAGCCAAACAAAUAAAGCUGAAUAGAAAGCAGCAAAUGAGAAAAGAUAAAGUGUUUGCGACAAAACAAGAGUCAAAGCAGAAACACAAAGACAAAGUCGACCACCAGCAGCUGCCCAGAGGAAAGAAGACCAAACUCAAGAAAAAGAACAAAAAGUAUGCCAACCAAGAUGCCGAAGACAAGAAGGCUCUCAUGGAGCUUAUCGGCGCUAAAGAAAUGCAGAUCGGUCAGAAGAAAGUCAAAAAGCAAGAAAACACGCAGUUCUACAAGCCUGAACAAGAACAAGCUAAGAAGCAGAGACAGCAACAAAGGAACAAGCAAAGACACAACCAGCAAAGACCCAAGAAAGUACAUAAUGCAGAGGAGCAGAAAGAGAUCGCUCAGAUUAUGAAAGACGAAAACAUCACCACACUCGAACACGCGGAUGUUUCUGUGCUUGACAAGCUGACUGGGCUUCCGAAACCUAACGACACAAUCCUGGACGCAGUGGCCAUGUGAGCUCCGUACUCUGUGAUGACCGCUCACAAGUACAAAGUCAAGAUCACCCCUGGAAACCAGAAGCGAGGCAAAGCUAGGAAACUCAUACAGGAGAUAUUCGGGAAGGUCGCUGGAGGUCCUCCUCAAUCAACUCUUAUAAAGGCUAUUCCAGAAGACCAGUUUGUAACCGUUCUACCCAAGGGAUGCCAAGUACUUGCAGCUGGGCUAAACAAGCUCAAACAGAGCAAGAAACAGAAGAGAAAGAACAAGGGAAAAUAACCAUUAAAAUAACCUUACCAACUUCAACUUUUCCCCU